UACACACUGCCCAUUUUACCAAAAUCCCAUUUUUUUUCCUUUUAUUUAUUUCCUUCUUUGCAAGCGAAAGAAGCAAAGAAAAAGGAGAAAAGGAAAGAAAAUUUUUGGAAGAGGAAGGAUUGGGGGAGAGACAAGUGCGUCAGACUGGGGAGCUGAUCAACCAUUGAUCACGUACACACUGAUAUAUAUUAGUCUUUUUUACUAUAGUAUAAAAAAUAGAUAGAGAAAGGAAGGAAGGCAAGAGAUUCAUCGAGAUUUGCGCCUCGGGGGGCAAAGGAGAGAGAAAGAUCUUUGAUGUAUCAGCAGAUCAGGCUGAUUUAAAAGCAAAGGCGGCGAGAAUUUAUUGAUAUGAUGUAUCUUGAUAUAAAACAACCCCAUCAUUCACACUCAUGGCCCGUUAGCCUUUCUGGCUUGGCUUAGCUUCCUUGCUUGCUUUCUUCUCCGCUCUACAAACAACCCAUAGAUUUUGCUCCCCUUAUUUUUUAUCUUCUCUCUUAUCUGACGCCACCUUUCGCUUUGCUUUUUUGGGUUUUUGGUCCCUUUGGGAUUAUUUCUGGGUUUGGUUUUCGUUGGUGAAUUUAAGAUUAAGCGUCAUCAAUGUCAUCAUAAAGUGGGGGAAGCUGGGAAAUGGGAUAGGAACAGCGUGGAGUUCGAGGAAGGGGUGGAGGAGGAUAAGGAAGCAAGGCCUGUUGAUGUUUCUGUUGUUGUUGUUGGUUCUGUCCAAUGUUUAUUAAUACUCUCUCCUUGGCUUCUUGCUGUUGCGUUUGCGUGUUCUCUUUUUUAGGAUUUUAGUUUAUUAAAAAAGAUUUUUCUCUUUUUCUGAAGUCUCAAAUUCUUCUUUGAAGAAUAGGAACAGCUGUUUCUUUGCCUCUGCUCUCGGUUUCUGGUUUGGUUUGGGUUUGUUUUAUUCAGCUGAGAGAGACACAGAGAGAGAAAGAGAGAAGCUUUGUCGUUGGUACACGGUAUGGGCAACUCCAUAACCACAAGGAACUUAGGCCUGCUUCUUGAGUUUGCUUGAAGGGAUUUUUCCUGUGGUUUCUUCUCUUCUGUGAGGGUAUUUUCGAGAAAAGUAACAAAAAUGAAGUUUAUGAAGCUUGGCUCCAAGCCUGACGCCUUCCAAGCUGAUGGCAAAUGCAUCCGGUAUGUUACAUCUGAUUUGGCGACGGAUGUCACCAUUACUGUGGGUGAAAUGAAAUUUUACCUUCACAAAUUCCCUCUAUUGUCAAAGAGCAAUUGCUUGCAAAAACUAGUGCUGAAAGCCAGUGAAGAGAACUGUGAUGAAAUUAAUAUGGUUGAUUUUCCAGGUGGGCCAAAAGCAUUUGAAAUUUGUGCAAAGUUCUGCUACGGGAUGACUGUGACUUUAAAUGCUUACAAUGUUGUGGCUGCCCGUUGUGCAGCUGAAUACCUAGAGAUGACUGAGAAUGUUGAUCGGGGUAACCUAAUUUUUAAAAUCGAAGUAUUUCUUAAUUCUAGUAUAUUCCGUAGCUGGAAAGAUUCCAUUAUUGUUUUACAAACUACCAAAUCUCUUAUACCAUGGUCUGAAAACCUGAAGAUUGUUGGAAGAUGCAUUGAUUCCAUUGCAUCUAAAACCUCUGUGGAUCCAGCAAACAUCACAUGGUCCUACACAUAUAACAGGAAGUUAUCAGUGCCUGACAAAAUAGUUGAUGAUGGUAUGAAAUUUCGAGAGAAGGUUGAAUCUGUCCCGAAGGAUUGGUGGGUUGAAGAUAUAUGUGAGCUAGAGAUUGAUCUCUACAAGCGAGUCAUGACUGCUGUGAAAUCAAAGGGAAGAAUGGAUGGUGCAGUGAUUGGUGAGGCACUGAAAACUUAUGCUGUCAGAUGGUUGCCAGAUUCUGUUAAUGCCUUGGUUUCUGAAGCACAUUCCUGGAGGAACAAAUUACUGGUGGAAACAAUUGUAUGCUUAUUACCUUCAGAUAAGGCUGUGGGUUGUUCAUGUGGUUUCUUGCUGAAGCUGUUGAAAGUUGCCAUUUUGGUUGGGGUGGAUGAUUCAGCUAAGGAAGAUUUAGUGAAGAGGAUAAGUUUAAAGUUGCAUGAGGCUUCUGUCAAGGAUUUAUUAAUCCCGGCUCGGUCUCCCCAAACUACAUUAUAUGAUGUUGAGAUGGUGCAAUCUAUUGUGAAUCGAUAUAUCAUGAAUGAAAAGUGUACCCAAGAUUUAGAUGUUGAAAAGAAUGAGAUGGGAUGUACUGAUUUUGUUCUAGGGCAUGGAUCCUUGUUGAGUGGUGGUAAAUUGAUUGAUGGAUAUCUUGAAGAAAUUGCUCGGGACCCUAAUCUUUCCCUUGCCAGUCUCAUUGACUUGUCUCAGUCUAUCCCCGAGUAUGCUAGACCAGUUCAUGAUGGACUCUAUAAAGCCAUUGACAUGUACCUGAAGGAGCAUCCAAGCUUGACAAAGGCCGAAAGAAAGAAAUUGUGCGGGCUGAUGGAUGUCAAGAAAUUAACUAUGGAUGCAUCUAUGCAUGCUGCACAGAAUGAGAGACUUCCACUACGGGUUGUAGUUCAAGUUCUCUUCUUUGAGCAGGUUAGGGCUGCAGCUGGAGUUCAAUCACUUACUAACAAUUCUCGCGAUAUUUCCCAUUCCACAACAAACACAGAAGAAGAAUGGGAGAAGACUGCAGCUGAAGAUUGCAACUCCCUCAAGAAACAGAUGAGUCAAAUGAAGGUGAAAGAGGAUGGAUUUCAAAAGAAUGGUAAAGUGGCCAAGAAGAAUAGCAAAAACAGUAAAAGUGGCAUGCAGCUGCUGCCAUCUCGAUCUAGAAGAAUAUUUGACAAGUUGUGGGUUGUGGGAAAAGGCCAUGCGGAGAACAGAAGUUCUGAGACCUCUGGAAGUUCGCAAAGCCCAACUUCAAUGGUUCCAGGGGAGACCAAGUCCUCUGGUUCAUCUUCAAGACACAGGAGGCAUUCUAUUUCUUAGAUAAGGAUGCUGAGGGUUAUCAGUACCUAAACAGGGAAAGAAUAUUCAAACUGUUGUAAGUGUAAAAAGUGGUAGGAUUUUGUUGUAGUUGAUGAUGGGGGUUAUCUUCUUGUUAUGUGUGAAGUAUUCUAAAAGGAGGGUCAGUUGCAGAAAAAAUGUACUAGUUUUUUUGGGUGCCAACACUUUCUAACAUCUUAUCCAAUUGUAUGAUUAUCAAUCUUCAUAUCAAGUCUCUUGUAUCUAAUUGGAGGUCUACAUUUUCUUGGAA